AACACCUAUGUGCUGCUCAACAGAAUGACUCUGCCUAUGAUAGCCCAGAUCCUGAAGCUGAAGGCAGCCCCUGUACCUCUCAGAUGGAGCAGCCCAAAGGGAGAAGCACUAGUGUGAACAGAAGAUAUCCACCAUGCGUCUCUGCCCCUUCACGGACUAAUUUCAGAAAUGACAUCAGCACAAUGGAUAGAAGGUACUCGGAGCCAGACCUAUCCUUCCAGGACCGCCUUGAAGGCAGGAUAAGGAAACAGAAGCUAAACAAAAGUGAGGACAAUUUUCCAGUUCAGCAGAAACAGCUAGGAUUGGAGUCACUGGAGAAACGGCUUGCAAUCUUACCUUCACAAUUAUCAACUGACUCUCUACCUAAAACAUCUUCCAGUUGCUCCCUGGAGAGCUCUGAUGGUUCAGUCUUCACCAGCUCCCCAGUAGUUUCGCCCUCUAGUCCCAAGAAAACCUUUUUAAAUAGGCCCCAAUCCUUUUCCACCAAAGCUACCGAAGACUGCAAUACACCCAACAGAGAGAUCAAAAAGCAUUCUGUGUCAUUCUCUUUUGCAAACCGCAGGAAAACACUAUUGAAAACCCAGAGCUGGGGGCCUGGAAAAAACAUGUUUUUUCAGAGAGACACUUUCACAAAGAAGGAAGAUCAGUUCUCCUGCAGAGUUGUACAGGAGAACAGCCUUGACAAUGACAAACCAUUGCCUGCGGCAUAUCAGCCAAGGCCCCGUUUCAGGUCAGCUGAUGAAGUGUUCAGAGAGGUAGACCAGAGGAAUCCUGGAAGACCACCCUCUUAUGAAGAGGCCACCAAAAUUCCCUCCCACAACCUCACAGUUCAAACGAUGAGAUUAAAGAUGUCAAACCAAGACACUUUGCUGCCCCAUCCAUGCAGCAGCCAUGCACAGGUCACAGCAUACACAGCUCUAAGGGAUCUACCCAGUGGCAGAGCUUCUGCAGCAAAGGAUUCCAACGUGGAAACUGAAACCCUGAGCAUCACUGUGGGAGUAAACUCCCGUGUGAGUUUACCUGUGACCCCAGGAGUUUACCGAUUAAGAGCCAUGUCUGAAUCCUGUCAAAAGAAGAAACUUGAGUAUGUGGCUCGGAGAUGCAGCCAGCCAGUCUUUGAGGUAGAUCAGAUCCCGUAUGCUAAGGAAUCCUAUGUUUAA